CUUAUCGCCUCCUUGGCCCGCACAGAGCAUGUGCCCUCGGAGCUGUGGGAGCCCUUCUACACUGACCAGUACGCGCAAGAGCACGUGAAGCCCCCGGUGACGCGACUGCUGCUCUCGGCAGAGCUGUACUGCCGGGCCUGGCGCCAGGCGCUGCCACAACUUGAAACACCCCCCAGCCCCGCUGCACUGCUGGCCCUGCUGGCGCGCAGGGGCACGGUGCCCUCGCUGCCCGAGCGCCCAGUGCAGGAGGCGGACCUGAGACACCAGCCUAUCCUCAUGGGAGCCCACCUGGCUGUCAUUGAUGCUCUCAUGGUUGUCUUCGCCUUCGAGUGGACAAAGACGCUACCCGGCCCCUUGGCCCUGGCCAGCUUGGAGCAUAAGCUCCUUUUUUGGGUGGACACGACCAUCCGGCGGCUGCAGGAGAAGACGGAGCAGGAAGCAGCACAGAGAGCAUCUCCCUCAGCCCCUGCAGAUGGGGUGGCACCAGCACAGCCCUCGCACGCAAUUGCCUUCUGUUUGAAGGAGUCGGGGAACAAACCCCCCAUGAUCCGAUACCGCAAGGACCGUGCCGUGGCCCGACGUGCACCCUGCUUUCCCACUGUGACUGGCCUCCAGGACCUGGCGAGUGGGGCCGCACUGGCUGCCACAAUCCACUGCUAUUGUCCCCAGCUGUUGCGACUCGAGGAAGUGUGUCUCAAGGACCCCAUGUCCGUGGCGGACAGCCUGUACAACCUCCAGCUCGUGCAGGAUUUCUGUGCCUCCCGCCUUCCUCGUGGCUGCCCAUUGUCCCUCGAGGACCUGCUUUAUGUGCCACCUCCCCUCAAGAUCAACCUGGUGGUGCUGCUAGCCGAGAUGUUCAUGUGCUUUGAGGUGCUGAAACCUGACUUCGUGCAGGCCAAGGACUUGCCUGAUGGUCACGCCGCCUCCCCCCGGGCCACAGAGGCUUCCACCCCUCAAAAUAGCAGUGGUGGCAGUUCUCCUGUGUUCAACUUCCGCCAUCCACUCCUGUCACCCGGUGGCCCCCAGUCCCCACUACGAGGAUCCACAGGCUCCCUGAAGUCCUCCCCAUCCAUGUCCCAUAUGGAGGUCCUCGGCAAGGCCUGGAACCGGCAGCUCAGCCGCCCCCUUUCCCAGGCAGUAUCGUUCAGCACCCCCUUUGGCCUGGACAGCGAUGUGGAUGUCGUCAUGGGAGACCCCGUCCUACUUCGCUCAGUCAGCUCAGACAGCCUGGGUCCCCCGCGCCCCGUGUCAGCCCGGACCCCUGCCCAGCCACCCCCGGAGCCUGGCGACCUGCCUACCAUUGAGGAGGCCUUGCAGAUCAUCCACAGUGCCGAGCCCCGGCUGCUCCCAGACGGGGCUGCCGAUGGCAGCUUCUACCUCCACUCCCCUGAGGGGCCCUCCAAACCGAUGCUGCCCUCCUCCUACCCGCCGGACAAGGCACCUGCCUACUUGCCCCACCUGGAGGGCGCUUCAAAACCCUCUUCCUGCCAGGCAGGGGAGGUACUGAAACCACCGGCCCUGUCUGAGGGCUCGCCGAAGGCAGUGGCUUCGUCCCCAGCUGCCAGCAACUCUGAAGUGAAGAUGACCAGCUUUGCUGAACGCAAGAAGCAGCUGGUAAAGGCUGAGGUGGAGGCCGGAGUGGCUACCCCAGCAACACCAGAAGCCCUGAGCUCAGAGAUGAGUGAGCUUGGAGCCCGGCUGGAAGAAAAACGGCGGGCCAUAGAGGCUCAGAAGCGAAGGAUCGAGGCCAUUUUUGCCAAGCACCGCCAGCGUCUAGGCAAGAGCGCUUUCCUGCAGGUGCAGCCACGGGAAGCUGGAGGGGAGGCCGAGGCCGAGCCCGAGGCCGAACCGAGCCCAACCCCUAGUGGGGAGCGGCCGGCGGGCGAGGGCCAGGGUGAGCCGUCCCCACGGCCCAAGGCAGUGACCUUCUCACCAGAACUGGGCCCAGUGCCCCCUGAGGGGCUGGGGGACUAUAACCGGGCAGUCAGCAAGCUGAGUGCUGCACUGAGCUCAUUGCAACGGGACAUGCAGAGGCUCACGGACCAGCAGCAGCGGCUCCUGGCCCCACCUGAGGCCCCUGGGCCCGCCCCGCCUCCCGCUGCGUGGGUCAUCCCUGGCCCUACAAUGGGUCCCAAAGCUGCAUCCCCUAGCCCUGCACGGCGUGCCCCAGCUGCCCGGCGCAGCCCUGGGCCCGGGCCCAGCCCGACACCCCGCAGCCCGAAGCAUGCCCGACCAGCAGAGCUGCGGCUGGCGCCACUGACGAGGGUGCUCACGCCUCCCCAUGAUGUAGACAGCCUCCCCCACCUGCGAAAGUUCUCGCCAAGCCAGGUGCCUGUGCAGACGCGGUCCUCCAUCCUCCUGGCAGAGGGGCCACCUCCUGAAGAGCCCUCGGCAAGGCCAGGCCUCAUCGAGAUCCCACUGGGCAGCCUGGAAGAGCCCUCGGCCGAGGAGGAGGGAGACGGGAGUCCCCCUGGAGCUGAAGAUUCUUUAGAGGAAGAGGCAUCUUCAGAGGGAGAACCCCGCACUGGGCUGGGCUUCUUCUAUAAGGAUGAAGACAAGCCCGAGGACGAGAUGGCCCAAAAGCGGGCCAGCCUGCUGGAGCGGCAGCAGCGGCGGGUGGAGGAGGCACGGCGUCGGAAACAGUGGCAGGAGGCCGAGAAGGAGCAGCGGAGGGAAGAGGCUGUGCGGUUGGCCCAGGAGGCAGUGGCCGCCAGUCCCCCAGCUCCCACAGCACCCCCAGCCCCUGCUGCCCAGGCUCCAGCUGAAGAAGAGGUUGGCCCCCGGCGGGGGGAGUUCACGAGGCUGGAGUAUGAACGCCGGGCCCAACUGAAGCUGAUGGAUGACCUGGACAAGGUGCUGCGGCCACGGGCCUCAGGGACCGGGGGACCAGGCCGGGGUGGACGGAGGGCCCCCCGGCCACGCUCUGGUUGCUGCGAUGACUCGGCCCUGGCACGAAGCCCAGCCCGUGGCCUGCUAGGUUCUCGGCUCAGCAAGGUCUAUUCUCAGUCCACCCUGUCGCUGUCGACUGUGGCCAAUGAGGCCAAUAACCUUGGUGUGAAAAGGCUCACAUCUCGGGCUCCGUCCCCAUCCGGCCUCAUGUCCCCGAGCCGACUGCCUGGGAGCCGCGACCGUGACUGGGAGAAUGGCAGCACCGCCUCCUCCCCAGCAUCAGUGCCUGAGUACACGGGUCCUCGGCUAUACAAGGAGCCCAGCGCCAAGUCCAACAAGUUCAUCAUCCACAACGCCCUGUCACACUGCUGCCUGGCGGGCAAGGUGAACGAGCCGCAGAAGAACCGAAUUCUCGAGGAAAUUGAGAAGAGCAAGGCCAACCACUUCCUGAUCCUCUUCCGGGACUCGAGCUGCCAGUUUCGGGCCCUCUACACACUGUCAGGGGAGACAGAGGAGCUGUCCCGGCUGGCAGGCUACGGCCCCCGCACAGUCACACCUGCCAUGGUGGAGGGCAUCUACAAGUACAAUUCUGACCGCAAGCGCUUCACCCAGAUCCCCGCCAAGACCAUGUCCAUGAGCGUGGACGCCUUUACCAUCCAGGGACACCUCUGGCAGAGCAAGAAGCCCACCACUCCCAAGAAGGGGGGCAGCACCCCCAAAUAGCCCCGCCCCAGGUGGUGCUUGACCACCACUCUCUCAGAGGACAGCCUGGAAGACAUUCAGUGGUUAUUCCUGGGCCCUGUCUGUCCCCAGCCUUGUCUGGGUGGGCCUAGAGUUCCCACCACCUUAACUUGUCCCGUCCUUCUGUGGGGGCUGAGCUGGGAGGAUCAGGGACUCAGGGCUCAGCUCAGUCCCCUGUCUGUCCUCCCCACUUUCUUGAGUAAAAUAAAGAGACCUUGAGCGCUGACAUCUCCCUGAGGUUAGCUGGGGUGCCCGUGAUGUCUGCCUGAGGGUUUUCCAGUU